GAGUCGUUCCCCGUGGAGUAGUCGUGCCGGCGCUCUGCUGCAACCUUGCGGAUUACGCGACCACGCCGCUGAGACCUUCUUGUCCGUGCCGACGCGUGGACCGGCCGGAGUGCGCGGCGACACUGUGCAGCAGCGUGCGGACCGCCAUGAGCCCCGCGUGAGACCGGCUGCCGCUUCAGAGAACGCGCGACGCGACCUGUCUUUGCUUGUGGCCCGCUCCGGGGCGCCCAGGGUGCAAUCCUCGCCCAGCCGCGGCCGGAUGGCGGUCAUGUGCGGCGGCGGCCGCCGAGCUGUCGGAGGGCAGCUACGGUCACGGACAUUAGGCUUAGUCCUCGUGGUCUUGGCCCUCAGCAGGGCCACAUCGGCGAACAUCGACAAGGGCGGAGAACUCAGAUGCCAAGACGGCUGGUCACAAGACGGCGUCUACUGCUACAAAUUCUUCAGUAAUCAGCACUCAUGGAGGAGAGCAGAGGAAGUCUGCCGCAGGUACGGCAGCCAGUUAGCGCUAAUAUUAAAUUACAAUCAAAACAAUUUUACGAGAAGUCUUGCAACUACUGGUCUCAAGGAUGUGCCUCAGAGUGCAUACUGGAUAGGUCUCAAGUCUGUGGACGACCUCUCCACAAAUACGUUGGAGUCAUCGAGCGGGUACUUCAUCCCCAAAUACGUGGGCCACUGGGCUUUGGACCAGCCGCGACCAAAGGACGGCCAGUGCGUGCAGGCGCGCCUCACUGAACGCACCCAGGAGUGGCGCCUGGCUCCGUGCGAGGCGCUGCUGCCAUUCAUCUGCCAAGUGCCUGCCUGCCCCGAAGGUUCCUUCCUGUGCAGCAAUGGAAAGUGUCUCAAUAACCGGUGGAUGUGUGACGGACAGGACGAUUGUGGAGAUGAGUCCGAUGAAAUGAACUGCCCAAAAUCGUGCCACUUCUACAUGCAAAGCUCAGGCGAUUCUAUUCAGUCACCGAACUACCCAAACAAGUAUGAACCAAACCUUGACUGCAAGUGGACACUGGAAGGUCCUUUGGGAACUGGAAUCGUUUUACAAUUUUCAGAGUUCGAGACCGAGGCGAAUUUCGACACAGUGCAAGUCCUGUCAGGGGGCAGAACAGAAGAAUCCAGCGUUUCGUUGGUUACUCUUUCUGGCAAGCAAGACCUAAACUCCAAGUCCUUCAUGACAGCAUCGAAUUUGAUGAUCAUCAAGUUUAGAACCGAUGCAUCUGCCGAGAAGAGAGGCUUCAGGGCCAGUUGGAAGACAGAGCCUGUGAAAUGCGGAGGAGAGCUCAUGGCCCAGCCUAGCGCACAGGUAUUGAACUCCCCAAUGUAUCCGGAGCCUUAUCCUGGCGGCUUGGAGUGUCUUUGGGUCAUCACAGCACCUCCAAGCAAGAUCAUCUCACUUGAGAUUGUUGAUUUAGACCUGGAACCAGACAAAGACUUCAUCCUGGUCAGAGAUGGCUCCCUCCCAUCUGAUCCACUUCUCAAAACUCUGACUGGCCCUGCAUCAGAAAAUCCACAAUUCCUGAUGUCUACUCGGGAUCGCCUGUAUCUCUACUUCCGCUCAAGCUUUGGUGACAGCAGGCGAGGAUUUUCCAUCCGAUUCCGCUCAGGUUGCGAAGUCGAUAUCACCUCUACCUCUGGCAAUGUUUCUUCUCCUGCUUUUGGUGUUGACAAAUAUCCACCCAACCAAGUCUGUGCUUACCGCAUCACAAGACCUGGAGGAGGACCAGUGUCACUCAAGUUUGAGAAAUUUGCUGUUGCUCCAGAUGAUUUCGUGCAGAUCUAUGAUGGAUCGGACACAAGAAAUGGCAUCAGGCUGCAUCCAGGCCAAGGGUACACAGGUACAAAUAGACCAACCCUCACCCUGACUGCAAGCAGUGGCCAAAUGUUUGUCCUCUUCACCAGCAAUCCCCUAAAUACAGCAGCUGGGUGGCAAGCCAGCUUCAGCGCAGACUGUCCUCUUCUGACUGUCGGUGAAGGAGCACUGGCUUCAAGUCGUGAAACAACGUUUGGUGCCAAGGUGACAUAUGUUUGCCCAGCAGGGCAAGAAUUCAGUAAUGGCAUGUCUAAAAUUGUAGCUGAAUGCAUGCCAGGAGGCAAAUGGAGCAUUGGCUCCAUACCAAGGUGCCAAGAACGCUACUGUGGUGCAGUGCCACAAAUUGACAGUGGCUUUGCUGUGGCAGCAACUAAUGUGACAUAUCGCGGACAAGCAACCUACCAAUGUUAUGCUGGCUUUGCCUUCACGGGUGGCUUCCCGACGCAAACAAUUCGCUGCAACGAAGAAGGCAAAUGGGUCAACCUGCCUACAUGCCUGGCCUCAUCGUGUCCUCCACUGCCUGAGGUGCCGCAUACGGUACAUACCAUACUCAAUGGUGGAGGCAAGAACUACGGCACUGUGGUGCGCUUCGAGUGUGAGCCAGGCUACAUUCGCACUGGCUACCCCGUUAUUGUCUGCAAGAGUGAUGGUCAGUGGUCAGCAGCACCACCAACCUGCAAGCGAGCUCAGUGUUUAGACCUUCCGGACAUCAAAAAUGGCUUUGUCCUAGACUCAAGAAGAACAUACUACUUUGAGGAUGAAGCAAAGAUACAGUGCCACAAGGGCUACAGGCUCGAGGGAAGCCAUGUUGUUACUUGUGGACCUAACCAGACUUUCGAUAACCUUCCAACUUGCCGAGAUAUAAAUGAAUGUGCAUCGUCAUCAGCCUGUGACUCAGCAUCAACUAUCUGCACAAACACUGCUGGAGGCUUCUUCUGCAAGUGCAAGAAAGGCUUUGAACCCAACCUAGACUGCAGGCCAGUUGGUGACCUCGGACUGAGUAAUGGAGCCAUCCCUGACACAAGCAUUAAAGUUUCUGGUACAGAAGGAGGAUACCACAAAAAUAAUGUUCGGUUGGAUGGCCCUCGCGGAUGGUGUGGUAACAUUCCACGCUCAGGCGAGAACUGGGUCCAGGUUGAUCUGAGUGCACCUACAGUGGUACGAGGCUUCCGAACACAGACAGUGGUUCGCGAUGAUGGCUCCCAAGCAUUCCCCCUUAGUGUACGCAUCCAGUACACUGAUGACCUCACCGACAUCUUCCGGGACUUCGCUGAUCCCACAGGAAAGGCCCUCGAGUUUCGUCUUACUCCAAAUGGAGGCUCUGGCUUAGCUGUGGUCAACUUGCCCCUUCCAUUUGAGGCUCGAUAUGUACGUGUACUCAUUGUGGAAUAUGUGGGUGCCCCUUGCAUGAGGUUGGAGCUCAUGGGCUGUUCUCGUCAAGACUGCCUUGAUGUAAAUGAAUGUGUGCACAAGAAUGGUGGAUGUGACCAGCGAUGCAUAAAUAGUCCAGGCAGUUUUAACUGUCUCUGCAAUGUUGGCUAUGAUUUGUACAUGACGAAUGGCACAAACGGAUUCAACAUUCUUACCAGUGAGACAGGAUUAAGAGAUGGCGACAUGUACCGCAUCAACAAGACCUGUGUCCCAAAAAUGUGCUCGCCACUGGAGAGUCCUGAAAAUGGUCAGCUCCUAUCAACAAAAUCCAUUUACCACUUCGGAGACACUGUCCACUUCCAGUGCAACUUCGGCUACAUCAUGCUGGGAAGCACGACUCUCACGUGCUCAAGCGGAGGCAACUGGAACGGCACUGUACCUACCUGCCAGAUUGCUACCUGCCCCCUUCUGGAUGAUGAUGCAACACAAGGACUGGCUGUACGGUCAAAUGCAGCAUCUGAGUAUCUGGUGUUUCAAAAGAAUGUAACAGUGUCAUGCAAUGAAGUUGGAAGACCACUGAGGGAGACUGCCACAGCUGGGUUCAGGCAAUGUGUCUACAAUCCAAAGGAUGGCAAACCUGACUACUGGCUAUCAGGCUCGCCUCCCGAGUGCCACAGAACUGACUGUGGGCCUCCACCAGACACAAUUGGUGCUACAUAUGGAUUCCAUGUGGACACAAAAUAUCGUGCAAGCUUUUUCUUUGGUUGCGAGGACACAUUUACACUCGUUGGCAAGAGCAAACUGAAUGACAAUGUUAUUCGCUGUCAGGAGGACGGCACCUGGGAUUUUGGAGACCUCAGAUGUGAAGGCCCAGUGUGUGAAGAUCCAGGUCGCCCUGCAGAUGGCUACCAAAUCGCAACCAGCUUUGAGCAAGGCUCUGAGGUAGUAUUUGCCUGCAAUCGGCCAGGUUACGUCCCAUACACUACUGACCCCAUCACCUGCAUGAAAAAUGCUGAAUGCAAAGUUGUGAAGGCACUUGGAAUAACCUCUGGUGCUAUACCAGACAGUGCCAUCAAUGCCACUUCACACAGGAGCAACUAUGAGCCAAAGAAUAUUCGUCUUAACAGUGCCACGGGUUGGUGUGGUCAGCAAGAAGCCUUCACAUAUGUGACUGUUGACAUGCGCAAGAUAUACCACAUUAAGGCCCUUUUAGUCAAAGGCGUUGUGACAAAUGACGUUGUGGGUCGCCCAACAGAGCUGCGUUUCUUCUACAAGACAAGAGAAAAUGAAAACUUUGUUGUCUAUUUUCCCAAUUUCAACUUGACAAGCAGGGAUUCUAAGAACUAUGGAGAGCUGACUGUAAUCCCACUGCCACUGAGUGUACGAGCUCGCUACGUCAUCUUGGGUAUAGUAUCAUACAACAAAAACCCUUGCCUCAAGUUUGAGCUUAUGGGCUGCGAAGACACCGAAGAAGAGGUUUUGCUCGGCUAUGACAACGGCUACUCUUUCUGUGUUGAUAGAGAACCACCAACAUUCAUCAACUGCCCUUCGCAUCCCCUUGUCCUGGAGCGCACACUGUCUGGCCAUGUUCCUGUCAACUUCUCAGUCCCACAUGCUGUUGACAAUUCAGGGCGUAUUGCACGCUUCGAGGUUCGCCCACUGGGCUUCAAGCCUCCUGCAGUCGUGUUUGAAGACACAGUUGUUGAAUACACUGCCUAUGACUUUGACGGCAACGUAGCUGUGUGCACAAUAAAUAUCACUGUUCCAGACUAUACACCACCAUCACUGACAUGCCCUCAGUCCUACGUGGUAGAGCUGACUGAACGUCAGGAGAGUUACCUAGUCAAUUUUAAUGAGACACGGCGAUUUAUCAACGCUACUGACAAGUCUGGAGCUGUGGAAAUCACACUGACCCCUGAAAGUGCUGUGAUACCCAUCGGAGGCUACAGAAAUGUCACUGUCACUGGCACAGACAGAUUUGGAAACCAGGCUUUCUGCUACUUCCAGGUGUCGGUGCAAGCAACCACCUGUGUAGCUUGGUCUCUCGCUCCACCUGCAAAUGGAGUUGUCAACUGCUUGCCAAACGAGGAGAACACAGGCUACCGGUGCCUGGCCACAUGCAACAGUGGAUUCAAAUUCACAGAUGGGGAACAAGCCAAAACAUAUGAAUGUGCCAACAAGGAACAGUGGAAGCCAAGUUCAAUCAUUCCUGACUGUGUGCCUGAAGACACCAACCAGGCAGCCUAUGAUGUCAUAGCCUCGGUGGAGUAUCGGGCAGGUGGUGCACUGUCAGCUGUCUGCUUGAACCACUAUGUCAGCUAUGUGUCGACUUACUACAGCUCCCUCAACCGGCUUCUCUCAGAACGUUGUUCUGCCAUCAAUGUACAAAUGGAUAUCUCAUUUCAUAACACCAGCAUCAGAACACGAGGCGAAAAUGAGAUUACCAUUGGCUACACUCUGCGAAUCGUGCCUGUAGUUCGUCAGCGCUUGCUGUAUGAUCUCUGUGGCUCAACACUGGGGCUGAUCUUUGACCUAAGUGUUCCCAGCACGUCUGCAGUCAUUGAGCCUAUUCUCAACAUCAGUGCUCAGAAUGUGGGAGGCCAGUGCCCCACAAUCCAGGCCAUUCGGUCAACAGUUGAUAGGGGAUUCAACUGUGAGGCAGGAGAAGUUCUCAACCAGGAUGUCAGUGGACAAGUACCUCGCUGCUUGCACUGCCCUGCUGGAACGUUUGCCUCCAAGGAUGAAAGGUGCACUUUCUGCAGUAAGGGCUUCUACCAAGACCUGACGCGGCAGUCUUCUUGCAAGCAUUGUCCUGUGGGGACACACACUCGUGAUGAGGGCAGCAAGAGCCUCACUGAAUGCAUUCCUGUCUGUGGAUUUGGAACAUAUUCUCCAACGGGCUUGGUACCUUGCUUACAAUGUCCAUCAAACACCUUUGCCGGCACCCCUCCAAUUGAUGGCUUCAAGGAAUGCCAGCGGUGUCCAGCCAACACCUUCACUUACACACCAGGGGCGGACUCUCUCAAAUCAUGCAAACCACGCUGCCCUCCAGGCACAUAUUCCGAGACUGGUCUGGAGCCCUGCUCACCAUGCCCCAUCAACUUCUACCAGCCCCAGGAUGGUCAGACCAGUUGUGUCAAGUGUGCCCCCAACCAGAAGACGGCCAGGCCAGGGGCACUUAGUCCAGAGGCCUGCUCACCUGUGCACUGCAACCCAAGCAUCUGUCAGAAUGGUGGCUUGUGUGUCGCUCAGAACCACGACGCUGUCUGCUACUGUCCAGCAGGCUUCACAGGACAGUUCUGUGAGACUGACAUGAAUGAGUGUAACAGCAUGCCUUGCUACAAUGGGGGCACGUGUAUUGACCAGCCACAGGGAUACAGAUGCAAGUGUCCUCAAGGUUACAGUGGCUUGCAGUGUCAGGAGGAGCAAAGUGACUGCUUGAACAGCACAUGCCCAGAACGUGCAAUGUGCCAAGACCUACCAGGCCAGGGGACUGUAAACUGCCUUUGCCGCUCAGGCUAUGAGGGCCCCACGUGCAAUAUCACUGUCAAUCCCUGUACAGUUGGUGACAGUCCUUGUGCCAAUGGAGGUCUCUGUGUGCCCCUGCAACAAGGACGUUACAAGUGCCAGUGUCCGCUUGGAUGGAGUGGCCCCACCUGCCAGAUCAACAUUGAUGACUGUGCAGAGAAUCCUUGCCUCCUGGGAGCCAACUGCACAGACCUGGUCAACGAUUUUGUUUGUGACUGCCCUGCUGGCUUCACAGGGAAGCGAUGCCACCAGAAAGUGGAACUGUGCAAUGUUGACCCUUGUGUGCAUGGCACAUGCAUUGACCGCCUCUUCUACAGCGAGUGCAUAUGUCAUCCUGGCUGGGAAGGCCAGACUUGCGAACGCAACAUUGAUGACUGCCGCUCCAACCCAUGUGUCAACAAUGGUGUCUGCAUUGAUGGUAUCAAUGAGUUCCGUUGCCAGUGUGACACGGGCUACACUGGAUCCAGAUGCCAGCAUACCAUCGAUGAUUGCGAGUCUUCACCCUGCCAGAAUGGUGGCACUUGCUUUGACCAGAUUGAAGGUUUCAUCUGUCAGUGUAGGCCAGGUUAUGUUGGCCUUCAGUGUGAAGCAGAAGUGGAUGAAUGCAUCAGUAGCCCCUGUUAUCCAACAGGAACUGAGCGAUGUGUGGACAGUGACAAUGCUUAUAAAUGCAUCUGCAACCCAGGCUACACAGGAGAACUGUGUGAGGUCAACAUCAAUGAAUGUGAAUCCAACCCAUGUCUGAAUGAUGGAAAGUGCACAGAUGCAAUCAACGGCUUCAAAUGCUUCUGUCCACCUGGCUGGACUGGCGAACACUGUGAAAUUGAUGUAGGAGGCUGUGCGUCGGAUCCAUGCUUGAAUGACGCACACUGUAUAGACUUGUUUGAAGACUACUUCUGUGUCUGCCCAUCAGGCACAGAUGGCAAGCGCUGUCAGACAUCCCCGCAACGAUGCAUUGGGAACCCAUGCACUCAUGGGGGAACUUGUCGCGACUACGGUAGUGGCCUCAACUGCACAUGCCCACAAGGUUACAGUGGUGAUGGUUGCCAGUAUGAGCACAAGGCCUGUUCUGACGUGUGCCGCAAUGGUGCCACAUGCAAUGAAGUAGCUGGCACAUUUCAAUGCACCUGUGCACAAGGCUUCACAGGGCCACACUGCGAGUCCGAUGUGCAGGACUGCACACCAUCCUCGUGUCCUCCAAGUGCCACAUGCAUUGACCUUACUAGUGGCUUCUACUGCAAGUGCCCCUUCAAUUUAACUGGAGAAGACUGCCGCAAACCCAUCAACAUUGACUAUGACCUGUACAUCAAUGAUGAAAGCCGAUCCUCGAGUGCUGCCUUGGCAACACCCUUUGAACUGGGCUCCAAAAGCUUGACCAUUGCCAUGUGGAUCCAGUACAACACACCAAGCUCUAUUGGAACCUUUCUAACUCUUUACAGUGUGGAGUCUCCUUACCUGCCUAUUGGAAAGCGCAAGCUUGUCAUGGCUGACGACACAGGUGUCAUGGUGUCACUGUUUCCUGACCUGACAUCAGACAUCUACAUUCCUUACUUAGACAAUGUCCCUGUGAAUGAUGGUCAGUGGCAUCACAUCGUCAUCAUUUGGGAUGGCAACCAUGGCACCUUGACACUCAUCACUGACACAGCUGUGGCUGGAAUGGUCACUGGCUACAUACAUCAAGAACAACUACCAGACUUUGGCUGGGUCAGCCUGGGUGCACCACUAAAUGAGGAAAACAAGGCCACUGCAAACAGUGGCUUCCACGGUCGCAUCAGCAGAGUCAACAUUUGGGAUCGACCACUGGAUUUCACAUCUGAAAUACCCCACCAAUUCCGAAGCUGCAAAAAUGCUCCAGUUCUAUUUGAUGGACUGCUUCUCAGGUGGACUGGCUAUGACAGGGUGGAUGGUACAGUAGAGAGACAGGGUCCAGGAAAGUGUGGGCAGCGAGUGUGUGGUGUGGGCUUCACAGGCGAUGAGUGUCGUGUCCGGCACCAAGACAAGACACCACCAAAGACAAUCUACUGCCCUCCAGACAUGUGGGUGGUCACGCCUAACAGUUCUGUGGUGCUCCAGUGGGAAGAGCCCCAGUUCUCUGAUGACUAUGGUUCUAUACGCAUACAUGAGCGUAAUGGCGUUAGGACAGGUCAAGCAUUCAUGAAAGGAACCUAUGACUUGUCAUAUGUGGCUUUGGAUGAGGCUGGGAAUGCUGCCCAAUGUGACUUCAGGAUACAUGUGCUCAGUGAAUUCUGCCCCUUGCCUGCACCUCCACUUGGUGGCCAACGCCAUUGCUCUGACUGGGGCCCUGGAAGUCGUUUCAAAAUGUGCACCAUCAGUUGUGAGGAUGGCCAAGAGUUCUCCCAACGCAUCCCAGAGUUCUAUGUCUGCGGUGCAGAAGGAUUUUGGCGCCCUUCAGACAACCCCAGGGACCAGCUUGUCUUCCCUGCCUGCUCACCAAAGCGGCCAGCUCAACGUAUCUUCCGUCUUGCUAUGAACUUCCCAUCAUCUGUGGUGUGCUCAGAUUCUGGGAAGAAAAUCUUGCACUCACGUAUUCUUGAAAGCAUCCUCCAGGUGAACCGUAACUGGAGGAUAUGUGUUGACCCUUCCCCAGGCUCCUGCAAUGGCAUUCGUGUAAACGUCAAUUGUAAUAAGCAUGCUCGACUAGUUCGACGUCAAUUGGAUGACAGCGAUGUGUACUCUGUCGAUGUUUCCUUCCCUGCUCACAAUGACCCUGUUGUCAACGUGAACACGCAAGAGAAGUCAACUGUCAAGAAGAUUGUUGAAAAUGCUGUCCUGCAAAAGAGUGCCUUCGAUGUGCGAGACACGUUGCCAAAUGUAACACCUGAUCUGACCUCCCUUAGCAUGGUGACAGACUACGCAUGCCCAGCAGGAGAAGUUGUGGUUGCUCCAUUCUGUGUAAAGUGCUCCCUUGGCACAUAUUACAACAAUGCCACACAGUCCUGCCGGUCCUGCCCAGUGGGAUUCUACCAGAAUGAUGUGGGACAGCUGGCCUGCAAGCCAUGUCCCGUCAUUGCAGGAAAACAGGGUGUCACUUCAGGUCCUGGAGCUCGGUCCGCUGGACAGUGCAAAGAGCGCUGCUCAACUGGCAAAUACUUUGAUGAAUCCCUGGGACUGUGUCGCUCGUGUGGAUAUGGCAUGUACCAGCCACGUGAAGGUGCCUUCUCCUGCAUGUCCUGUGGACCAGGCCUUACCACACGAACUAAUGAGGCUGUAUCUGUGCAAGAGUGCCGAGAGGAGUGUGCAGCAGGACUGCAGCUUAGCCUGACAGGGCAAUGUGAUCCAUGCCCAAAGGGCUCUUACAGGACACGAGGUAUGGCUUCCUGCAACCCAUGUCCUCCAGGCACAACUACACCUAACUUUGGAUCAACGAGCAUAGACCAGUGCUCACUUGAGGUGUGCCAUGUAGGCCACUACCUCAAUAGCAGCACUGAGGAAUGCAUGCCCUGCCCACGGGGCACAUAUCAAGAUGAGGAACAGCGUGACCUUGAAUGCAAGUCCUGUCCAUCUGACACGACAACCGAUGGCAUGGGAUCUACAAGCCGCAGUCACUGCUCUGACCCCUGUUUGGUGAAUGGCGAGAAGCGAGAUUGUCAGGAGCAUGCCUUCUGUGUCUUCCUUGAGGAGCGGCAAGACCAUUAUUGCCAGUGCAUGCCUCGUUUCAGACUCAACAAUGACAGCGGAGAAUGUGUUGAUGUGUGCGAAGACUACUGCGAAAAUGGAGGUCGAUGUGAGAUCAGUCAGGAAACAAGUGAACCAAGAUGUGCCUGUCAAGGCAACUUUUAUGGUGACCGCUGUGAGAAGAAGUCAGAAUUCGUCUACAUUGUUGGAGGCAUUGCUGGAGCAGUCAUCUUUGUUAUUCUCAUCAUACUUUUGAUUUGGAUGAUUUGUGUCAGAACAUCUUGGAAAAAUAAGCCAAAGAAGCUGCCCCAGCCCCCACCCAUGGACAUUAGUGGCUCACAGUCCAACUUCUAUUAUGGUGCACCUGCACCUUAUGCAGAGAGCAUCGCUCCUUCACACCACAGCACUUACGCCCACUAUUAUGAUGAUGACGACGAUGGCUGGGAAAUGCCAAACUUCUACAAUGAAACUUACAUGAAAGAUGGCCUACACAAUGGAAAGAGUGGUACUUUGGGCCGCAGUAAUGCCAGCAUUUAUGGAACCAAAGAAGAUCUCUAUGACAGGCUGCGUCGGCAUCAGUACCAAGGCAGCAAAAAAGAUACAAGCGAUAGUGAAGACCAAGGACAGUAGUUACCUUGUUUACAAUUCUUACAACAAAGCAGGUCGUCACAUAAGACUGCAUGCAGCCUUGUCUUUUACAAUGCUGCAACCUUCAAUUUUUUUUUUCAUGAAAUACAUUGUUUUUAUCAUUCAACAUAAACUUCAGUAUAAAUCAGAAAUGAAUAUAGUGACUUCAAUCUGUCCCAGUGUGUAUGGCACAGCACGUUAAGCUGGCCUUUUUCCUUGCUAGGGACCAUACAUUUAGACCAUCUCAGGCAACUAAUUUUAUAGUUAAUAAGCUGGUUCAACAGCUGCUGUUGUAUUUCACAUUUCUUUUAUAUAACUGUUACAAUGCAUUCAGAUAAUUUAAAAUGAACUUCUAAAACACUUUUUUUUCUAGGUGACUGGAGAGGCAUAUGGUUGGGGUAGUGUGCAUAUUGACACCAUGUGAAAUGCAAGCACUGACUAUAUGCAAGCUGAGAAAAUUUGCCAGGCUCUACUUUUUCAGUGUUAGGGUUGCUGCACAAAAAAUCUAAUGUAUGGCAAUCAUCUUAUCCAGGAUACAAGCCAACUAGUUGGCGUGCAAGCCAAAUGGAAACUGGCUUGUACACCAUCUUAUUUCACUACAUCUUCAACUUAAUUUACUGGCUUAGAUAACAGAAGACAUGUCUGCUGAAGAAACAGCAUGUGAAAUGUUAGUUCUUUGUGAUUCACUUCAGGUAGGCUCCUUGGGUAAGAAGAGACAGAUUGUUUGAAAUGCCUCAACAAUUCACAUGUUAGAAAAAAAUAAUAAUAAUAAAAGCGAGAGAACUGUACAUAAUAGCGUACUUUAUUGCCAACAGCGAGUUUUUACAACUACGUACAUGUAGAUAGGUUUGUCCCUAAAUAAAACAGUGUAACUGUGCCACUAGUAUACAACAAGAUGCACUCCUGCAUUCCUCAUUUGUGUAAAUACUGUGAGAAAGGCGCGACACUUCUGCUCAUCUCUGACAAUGUUCUGACACUGAAUGUGCAGUCAGCAGCAGUGUAGAUAAACCUUGCCUCUUUUAUUAUUGUCCUUCGUCAAGAGCAGUAUAGUACGACUAUAGUGCAGUAAUAUCUCGAAAAACGAUUUCCUACUUCGUGUUAUUGUGUAACAGCAUCACUUUUCUCAGUGAAAUGAAUCUAACUUCAUAAUGAAUUUCACUUCUUAUACUUAUGCUCAGUGUGCAACGUUUUAUUUUUUUGUUUGUUCAUUGUUAUGCUUUGAUUGAAUGGAAUUUGUGAAUGCCUGAGUGUUCGUCCUCGCUGGAACACAAAUUACUGUUAACUGCCAUGACCCUUGGAUGUAUGAGUGUGCAUAAAUGUUGUACAGCAAUUUUCCUUGUACCGGUUUUUUUAUAAAUAUUUUUAUGCAGGUAUUGUACCGUCCGCGCAGUGCGAGUGCGAUGUGCUACAAUAAAAAAUAAAUAAAAUAAAAACAAUUUUACAACUUA